AUGUCGCACAUGCCAAAGUGGAUGUCCGAGCUUAUCGAGAAAGGGUCAAGCGUCAAGGAGUGUUUAGAGAUGUGGCGUCAGGAGCAGGAGGCAAUGAGAGCUGAGAGAGAUCAAGCUAGAGCUGAACGAGAGACAGUAAGAGCAGAAAAGGAAGCUGAACGAGAGCUUGAGAAAGUAAGGUUAGCUCAUGAAAGAGAGGAGCGUCAGGCUAAGAGAGACAGGGAUAAGUGGGAGGCUGAGAAAGAGAUUAAGUUGAGAGAGUUAGCUCUUAAAGAGAAAGAGUUAGAGAAGAGUAAAAUUGGUCCCUCCCCCCAAAGUAUUCACACUCCUAGUGUAAAGUUGCCCAAAUUUGAAGAAGGUCAAGACCCGGACGUUUUUCUAAAAUCAUUUGAGAAAAUAGCGGGGUUACAAAAGUGGGAUCAAUCUCAAUGGGCGGUUCGUUUAGUCCCAAUGCUAUCGGGUAAGGCUCUUGAAGCUUAUUCUAGAUUGUCAGAUGAGGAUAGCGAUAAUUACGAUGCUAUAAAAACUGCUAUUCUUAAAAGGUAUGAACUUACCUCAGAGGCCUAUAGGGAUAAGUUUAGGCAGUGUCGACAGUCUAGUGAUGAAUCGUUCAAAGAUUUUGUGGUUAGGACAGAGAGGUUCUUUAAUCAUUGGUGUGAAAGGGAAGAAAUUGGUUCAAACUUUCAUAAGUUGUUUGAUUUGAUGUUGAGAGAACAGGUGAUAAGAAGUUGUUCAAAAGAGUUGCAACUGUGGGUACUUGAACACAGUCCAAAGUCUAUUAAAGAAGUUAUAACUUUGUCAGAGUCAUUUCAGGUUGCGCAUAGAGGCAGUUAUUCAGGCGUUGGUCGUGGUAAUGCAGGGGAAAAACCGGGUGCAAGACCAAACAAGUUUGGUUCGGUUCAGUCCCAGAAAGGUAAGUUUAUCUCGCCUUCAGAUCAGAGGAGAUGUUUUAAGUGUGACAAGGUCGGGCAUAUUGCUCCGAAUUGUCCAUUGCGUAAAGUUCAGUCAAAAUCUCCUCUGAAUCAGAAACCAGGUAACCACAAGUCUAAUGAACAGUUUGGUUUGUGUCUUGAUGAGACAAUGACAGUAUCUGAGGAUUCUGAUAGUGUUCAUGAGAAUAAAGUGGUGGUUAAGUUGUCUGGUGUAUCGAUUACUGAUGAUUCUGCUUUAGAAUUAAGUUGUAAGGUACACGCUUUAUGUCUAGAUUCUCCUUUUGCUGAUGUUAUUAUUGGCAACAAUGUGAGCAUUGUAGUACCUAAGGAGGCAGACCCUUUACCCAGAAAGGAGAAGGUGGACACAGUCGAAGAUGACACAUGCGGAGCGGUCCAAACUAGAUCAGAGCUAAGGAAACAAGAGAGGGCAGAAAAACCAAAACUGGAUGAUUUAAAAGCAUCGAACACCGAGAAUGAAGGUAUGUGGUGUAACAGGGAGGAAUUGAUUGAGCAUCAGAAAACUGAUGAGAUCUUGAAGUCAAUUCUAGAUAUGGCACAAAAUGGACCAUAUGAGGGUAAGUCAUAUUUCAUCUUGAAAAAUGAUUUAUUGUAUAGAGUCUUUGAGAAGAAUUCUGAAAAGGUCUUCCAGAUUGUAGCUCCAAAGAAACUGCGCAAUGGUAUUAUGUCAUUGGCUCAUGACACACCAUUGGCUGGGCAUCUUGGAAACAAGAAAACCAGAGAACGAAUCCUGCAAAACUUCUUUUGGCCGGGUAUGUAUGUGGACAUAUCACGUUAUUGUAAGUCAUGCUCUAUUUGUCAGAAGGGGAUGCAGAAAGGGAGAACACCAAAAGCAAAACUGGUGCCAAUUCCAAAGAUAGACGUUCCAUUUUCCAGAGUCGCCAUCGACUUUGUGGGUCCAUUACCAAUGACAGAAAAGAAAAACAGAUAUAUUUUGGUAUGUAUGGACUAUGCUACUAGAUUUCCGGAAGCAUUUCCGAUGAAAACUCAAGACGCAGAAAGUGUGGCAAAUGCGCUUAUGGAAAUGUUCUCAAGAGUAGGCUUUCCUAAAGAACUUUUAUCAGAUCAGGGAACAAAUUUCAUGUCAUCACUCAUAUCAAACCUGUGCAAAAUGCUAAAAGUGCGUAAACUGUCAACUACUCCUUAUCAUCCUCAAGCUAACGGGCUAGUAGAACGAUUUAAUGGGACUCUUACGCAAAUGUUGAAAGCAUAUGCAGUUGUAGAACCAUUAAAAUGGGAUGUUCAUUUACCAUAUGUACUCUUUGCCUACAGAGAUGUCCCAAAUGAAACGACAGGUUUUACUCCCUUCGAACUUCUUUAUGCCAGACAUGUCAGGGGUCCACUAGACAUCUUAAAGGAGCAAUGGGAAGAACCAACCGAGGAACAAGCAUCAGUCCUUAGUUAUCUCAGGGAGACACGGAAACGAAUGGAGACGGUACGUAAGUUGGUAACAGAAGUGGAAUCCCAUGCAAAGAAGAAACAGAAGAGAUAUUAUGACAAAAACGCCAGGAGCAGGAAUUUUGAAGUAGGUCAGAAAGUUUUAGUGUUAUUGCCAACCAGUACUUCGAAAUUAUUGGCGCAGUGGAAGGGUCCAUAUGAGGUGACAGAAAAGGUAAGUCCAGUUGAUUUCAGAGUCAGGCUGUCCAAAAACAAAGAAACUGUUUAUCACGUCAAUAUGCUGAAGGAAUGGUUUGAGAGAGAGUCAGAGGAAAACAGGAAGUCUGAAAUAAUGGCAUGCUUGAAUGUUAUUUCCAGUUUAUCUAGCAAUGAUGUUCAGAUAGAAGACGGUGUGGUAUCGGAUAAAGUCCCGGCCCUUCAGCAGACAGAAUCGUCAGCCGACGUACUAUAUUCAAACGACCUCGCCACAGAGCAAAGGGAUCAGAUUCAGAGGUUAGUGGAAGAAUUUGGUGAUAUUUUUACAGAUGUUCCCAAGAAAACGCCUUUGACGAAACACUCAGUGAAAACGUCUACAGAUGUGCCCAUCCAUAUGAAACCAUACCCAAUUCCAUAUGCCUUACAAGACCAAUUGAAGCUGGAGUUACAGCAAAUGAUGGAUCUUGGUAUCAUUGAGGAAACAGACAGUCCAUAUUCAGCACCAGUCGUCCUCAUUAAGAAGAGUGACAAAUCAUUGAGAUUCUGCGUCGACUUCCGGGAGUUGAAUAAGGUAACUGUAUUUGACCCAAGACCAAUGCCUCGAAUAGAUGACAUUUUGAUUAAGAUCAGUAAAGCAAAAUUCAUAAGCAAAUUGGACUUGACAAAAGGUUAUUGGCAAGUGCCAUUAGACGAGGAUGCAAAACAGAAAAGUGCAUUUGUAACUCCAUUUGGACAUUUCAGUUUUACAAUCAUGCCGUUCGGGAUGGUAAAUGCACCGGCCACCUUCGUUAGACUGGUAAGUAAAGUUCUUACAGGGCUGGAAAAUUUCACAGAGGCUUUCAUUGAUGAUAUUGGUAUCUAUAGCAACAGCUGGGCCGAACACCUUGAGCAUCUGAGAACAGUGUUUUCAGCGUUGAGGAAAGCGAACUUAGCAGCUCGACCUACAAAAUGUGAGUUUGGUUUCAAUGAACUUUGUUUUCUUGGUCACACUGUAGGAAGUGGAAAAAUCAAGCCAACGAUGUCAAAAGUAGAAUCCAUUCAGAACUUUCCCAUUCCAACAACCAAGAAAAAGGUAAAGUCAUUUUUAGGUAUGAUUGGGUUCUACCGGAAGUUCAUUCCUAAUUUUGCCACUUUAGCACUUCCGCUUACAGACCUGACGAGCAAGAAAACGCCUAGCAAAAUCAAAUGGACAAGCGAACUUGAUCACUCUUUCCAAGAACUAAAAGGUACGUUACUUUCAGAACCAGUUCUUCGAAGUCCAGAUUUCAAUAGAUCAUUCAUUUUGCGCACAGAUGCAAGUGCAUACGGAGCAGGCGCGGUGCUAGAGCAAGAGUUUGAAGACGGUAAGCAUCCAAUUUGUUUUCUUAGCAAAAAGUUCAGUCCUGCGGAGAGAAAUUAUGCUGUAGUAGAAAAAGAGUGCUUUGCUAUUGUAUGGGCGGUCCAGAGUCUCAGAGUCUAUUUAGAAGGUAAACCAUUCAAAAUUGAGACUGAUCAUGCACCUUUGCAAUGGUUACAAAGGUCAAAGUUAUCAAAUCAACGUUUGUUACGCUGGAGUCUUCUUUUGCAAGAGUUUGUGUUCUCGAUUAGGUAUAUUCGUGGUACACAGAAUACAGUAGCAGACUCACUAUCAAGGUUAUGUUCAGAUGAUGUGGUUGAGUAA